AUGGCUGUUGAUUUGCUGCCACUUGUAGCUCGGGAGCCUGAAGCUAUCGUUCUAUUUUGGGACGAGAUUGCGAGGGGGUGCCUUCCUCUGCCACAUUCGAGGGCUGCACUGGGUCAAGAGGGCAGCAAAGGGCCUUUAAAAUCUAGAUUGAAUGUGGAAGCCCGUGUUAUCUAUUGUUCAAUCGCAGCAGCUCUCUUCCAGGGGCUGCAUCUCAAGAAAUAUGAAAGAUGCAUAAUACAUGCUUUUGGAACAGAAACGGGUCUCUUUCAAAGCAAGCUGUGGAAAGAAAAUGUCGUUCCACGUAGAGAGAUUUCAAUAUCAGAGCAUUUGAAUGAGUUGAGCGCUCUAAUACCAAUUUCCGAAACAGAUCAUCCACCUUUCCUUCCUUCGACAUGCCUACUGUUACUGUACAAAUCCCCUCAGCUCCAAAUUUUCAAGAAACUUGGAGAAGUCCGAAGAGCUCCUCAUCCACUCGAAGCCGAGAAUCCCAAAAAGCUAUUGUUGGCAACACUGACUCUCCAUAGGGACUCCGAAAGUGUACCAAGCGACCCCUCGGUAUCCUCACUCACCAUCACAUCCGCUCCCCGCCAGCAAAAAACCGCAUUCACGAUCGCGAAGAAGAAGCACAAGCAUAACCGGGGUCAGGACACCGAAGGUCUGAAAUUCACGACCCGGAAACGUGGAUGGAUGGAUCACUGGGCUUCGCUCCCGUUUACUUCAUCUGAACUCUCCAGAAAACCUUGGAUCGCCUCCGACUCGGACGGUAUAAUCUGUGCGGAGAGAUGGAUGGGGAUCUUCGACGCAGAUAUAUAUACAUACGAGGAAUUAUAUUACUUCCUCACAGCUUCCUUCGUAUGCCAAUCAGAGCAGCAUCCGAGGAAAAGAAAAAGAAGAGAAGAGAAGAAAACAAAGAACCAAGACAUAUUGACCGCCAUCAGCGGUACUUCCACCUCCUCCAUACACAGACUCCAAGUCCAACGCUGCAUCCCCCUCUCCUCACAACCAGAUCACAUAAUCUGUUCCUCAAUAAUACCAAUCAAUACCCUGUAUUGCUACGAAACGCAAUUCGCCCUUUCUCCAUCGCCGCUACUGCCCUCGCACUAUGUAGCCUCCUCCAGCUUGACAGCAUGCACGUACGAGACGGGCAACUACAACUUUCAGUCUGCUGAUGCCGGGAACACCCUUUUCUUUCGGCAGCAGCAGCCUGCCGUGCCGGGAAUCUGCCCCAGCGGAAAAGCAGAGGGCCUUGACGAGAAGACGACGAGACCCAUCGAGGAUUCGUGCAAGGGGAAGAAAGGCCGGCGAUGGAUGCACGUAGACUAUACAGCGCUGCUAAAGCGAGUCCGGUGA